CUGGCUCUGCCUCCCUGUAACUCUUUCAAAUAAAUAAAUCUUUAAAAAAAAAAAAAAUGGCUGGUACACCCUGCACUGAGAAAGAGAGUCAGGUAUCCUUGCUUCUACUGUUACCCCCUGCCUGCGGGUCAUCUCCCAACACCAUCUUCACCAGGGGCCACAGUAGGCCUCCCCUCCCCCACCUCAGCUGCAGGCUGCAGGAAUCUUUGCCACCGGAGUGAACUCACCAGGCCUGCUAAAGCCCCACUGGAUGCCAAGUGCAUGUUUGCCUGGCAGGGUGCACCAGGACCAGGGCCAUCCCCACCCCACAGAGUGGGCGGUCCUAGGAUCAGAACUGACACACAAAAAUGUCCAAUCCCCAACCCCAUGGCAAACCACUCAACAUACAGGGGGGAAAGGGAGACUGCCCGGGAGAGGUGCUUCUGUGACCAGUCUUUGGCCCUCCCAGGUAGCAUUUCUGAGGCCAGGCUGGUGAGGGGCUGAGGGCACUGGGGAGGCUUGAAGGGGUACCCCUGGGAGAUGGCAGGCUCCUGCUCCAGAGGCUCUCCCGGCUACCUGGCUGGGAUUCCGGCAGAUUUGGGCUGUGAACAGGGCUCAACCGGCAAAUUUACUUAUCCCAAGAUGCCCCCUAUCACUGCAAAGCCAAGGAGGAACUGGACCUGCAGCUCAGAAAUUGACCUAGCCCAGCUCAGUCGCCAUGGCUCGCAGAGCAUAAAGAGCACAGAGCCAUUCCUGGGUGGGAAGAGGUACAUAGAGACGGCCGCCUACAAAGAAGGGGUUGUGAGGCGGGGACGCCGCUGGAGCCUUCUAACAGCAGAGGCCCCAGCCACUGCCAUCGCGAAGGACACGAUGCCAAUCACGCUUGCUUUCUGCACCGCCACGGGCUGUCCCUGCCUGCCCCGCCGCGGCCGUCCACCGCCCCCACAGUCAGUCAGCUGAUUGGUAGAGACGCCCCCACACUCCCCGCCCUGCAAAGGAUCCGGUCCCUGGGCGGAGGACGCCUCUCCUACACGUCCCGAUUCAAAUCCCAGAGCCUGUGCGUGCGGGGGUUAACCCCGCGGGGGUGGGGACCGCGAGAGGGGUCGGCCGAGGGAGGGGUGGGACGGGAGGCGGCGGCGGGUGGAGCUAAGGAGGCCUUAGGAGACCCGGGUGUCCCAGGAAGCCCGGCAGCCACCCGGGCACACUCAGUGCGCAGACCCCUUGCCCCACACUUGGAGUCGGGAGCCGGAGAGAAACGCUGGGAACUGAGACGGGUCGCCGCUGCCCCUCCUCUGGCCCGGGAUGACGCCCGGAGGCGGCGGCGGCCCCACGGCCACCCCGGAGCCCCAGUCGGUCGACGUGCCCCUUGGCCCGCCGCUGCCCUGGGCUUGCCCGGCCGACGUGCGGCUCUGCGGCUACCUGCGGAAGCAGAAGUCCCAGCGCCGCCGCUUCUUCGCGCUGCGCACGGACCCGGCGCGCCUCGAGUGCUACGAGAGCGAGGAGAAGUUCCGCGCAGGCUUCGGGGGCCCCGCGCGCCCGCGGCGCAGCGUGAGCCUGGCAGGAGCGUGCACCAUCAGCAAGCGCGCGGAUGCGCGCCAGCGCCACUUGAUCGUGCUCUACACGCGCGACAGCAGCCUGGGCGUGGCGGCGGCCAGCGAGGCUGAGCAGCAGGCGUGGUACAGCGCCCUGCUCGAGGUGCGCGCCGGCGCCGGUCCCAGCUCCCACGAGGACCCCGAGACCUGGUUCCUCGCUCCGUUUCAGGACGUCUGGCCCGUGACGCUGCGACCCAAAGGGCUGGGGCGGACACGAGGCCUGGGCAGCGGACGCUACCGCCUGUGCCUGGGUUCGGGGGCCCUGAGCCUGCUGCGGAAGCCUCGGGAGAGAGGCUCCCGGGACCCCCGGGCCUCACCGCCGCCCGCCCUGCGCCUGUCCCUGCUCAGCGUGCGCCGCUGCGGCCACGCUGAUUCUUUCUUCUUCCUGGAACUCGGCCGCUCCGCGCCCACGGGUCCUGGGGAGCUCUGGCUGCAGGCGCCCGACGCCGUGGUGGCCCAAAGCAUUCACGAGACGGUCCUGGCCGCCAUGAAGCGACUCGGGGGCAGUGCUGCAGGGGGCAGGGCUGAGCCACUGCCCAGAGAUUCCCCGACGAGCGCUUCCAGACCCCCUAUCUCCCGUCCCUUCGAGACCCCGGGCUCCCCUGCCCAGUCAAGUGGCCUGGGCCAUCGAGAGUGCCUGGAAGAGAGAGUGGAGCAGACAACUCUCAAGACCCUGGCGAGGCCAGGGACGGCGGCCUCCUACCCCAAGGGCUUAGAUCCGGGCAGGGAUUACAUAAGCAUGCGGGCAGGGAGGGACUACGAGCCCAUGGCGGGCGGCGAGGCCGGCAGCUACGUGGUGAUGGCGCCCCCAGGCCUCCAACAGGCCACCAACAGCGAUGCUACCGGCCAGCCGCUCCAGGACCAGGGAGGCCCCGAAUACGUGCCCAUGAACCGCUUUCCUCCAGAGUCCGUUCCUUCUGGCGCCCUGCCCCAUUCCCGCAAGUCCGGAGCUGGGAAGCCCGGAUCCAGGCUCCCAGCUGCUCAUCAAGGCAUAGGGGGGAGCAGGGGCCCCGCAGGGCCUCAGCCGUGCUCGCUGCCGCCCUCAGAGCCGCCCGGGCAGUCCGCGUGCGCGCGGUAUUCAGCCUCUGGUGAUGCCCGAGUGGCUAGUGCCAGGCCGGAGCCCCGCGACGCCUGCCUCAACUAUGUCGACCUGGACCUGGUGCCGCCCCUAGCAGCGCGAGGGGGCGCCCCGGGGGCCGGCCCCCACAGCUAUGCGUGCAUAGAAUUCUAGAAUCUUCAGGAGGCCGCGGUGAGGAGACAUUGGCACCAGCCCUGCCCAGUCUCGCCGGCGGGUGGGGGGCGGGGCACGGGAAAAAAGAACAAAGUUGCUAAAGACCUCCUGCUCUGCCUCCAGACCCUCCCCCACACCACUGCCUCUGCCCUGGGCUGCUGCUCCUUCCAGCCGUGGCGCCUAAGAAAUCCUCAGGAGGAGGUCCCCUAAGAAGUUGGAGUCUUUUGAAGGAGAACAUUCUAGAACCCUAAUACCACUGCCCCAGCUGCAAACUUGGCUUUCUCAGCUGGAGCUGUGACCCUGUUUUUGCGCAGUCUGCCCAGAAUCACUGGGGACCUCACCUAUGGACGGCGCCUCCCCUAGGGACCUGCCUGCCCACCCCCAACACCUGCAGCCUUUCCUAUGAGCCAACCCCCCCCCCGCCCCUGCCUACGCCCAGGGGCCCCAGCACCACAAUGACGGGAACACCCAGGGGUCUCACACUAGUGCACCCCCAAAAGUGGGGUGUCCCCUUACUGUCCUAGUGCAGGCCGUGGCCUCACACAAUGGUUCCCCUCGCCAGCCUGUACUGGGGACCACCCACCCACCUGCCCACUCAUUAAAAGCACCCUGCUUGCUCAGCCUAGAGA